ACGCGGACGCAACGGGCCCACUGAUAACGAAUGACGGCAGCUGAAAGUCACACGGGUGAGGUGAUCGACUGCAAUAGGAGAUUCUUUGUUCGGGCCAUCAGUCAGAAGAGUGAUUGCUGAUCGAGUAGGAAGUGGAUAUUAAAACUCUGCUUAUUGUCCUCUUAUCUGAGCAAAUGGCGAUGCUCGAUUUUUAACGUCACUCACUGCUUCUGUGCGCACCGCAAUUCUCCCGCAAUGAGUCAAUCUGUUGUUGAAGGUGCGAGGACUGUGAAAAUGCUCUCUGGCAUGGCACGGCCGGCAAUGGCGCUUUUGCUACUCGGCGCUUUUCAAGUGCACCAGGUCCACUCUUAUGUGGCAGCAGUGGUUGAAUUCUCCCCCGACGGAAUUACAGGACCCCUGGUGCCGUCGCUGAUUUUCUCCAACAAUCUGCGCCGAUAUGAAGAGUUCGUCGUUGAUGCCAGGAAGACGUAUGCUGCGGACAUAAUCGUCUUUCCCGAAUAUGGCCUGACCACGACUUACACUUCCAACAACCGGUCUCUCGCUUUAGAGUUCGCACAGAUAGUUCCUGACAAGAACGACAACAUCAUCCCCUGCACGGCCUACAACGACACAUUUGAAUAUGAGGCCGUCCGCCGGCUGUCUUGCAUGGCCAGAGAUAAUGGAAUUUACCUUGUGGCUAAUUUGAUCGAGAAGGUUGAUAAGCCGGGAGCGGGAGUGCUGCUGCACAACACAAACGUGGCGUUUGAUAGCGCUGGCACCGUCGUGUCAAGGUACCGAAAAUUCAACUUGUUCGGUGAAUUCGCCCUGAACUUGACCGAUAUUAGUGACAUCUCGGUUUUUGACGCUUUGGGAGCUCGAUUCGGCAUGAUUACCUGCUUUGAUCUCAUGUUCCAACAACCCGCAGUGGAACUUGUUAAAACGUAUGGCGUUACGGACAUCAUAUUUCCUACCGCGUGGAUACACGAGUUGCCGUUCCUCACAGGUCCGCAGGCACAAGCAGCCUUUGCAUAUGGCAACCAGGUCAACGUUUUGGCCUCUGGUUACAACGAGCCUGAAGCGGGUCACACUGGCAGCGGAAUUUACUUAGGAAAAACUGCAGGAGAUCUGUUUGCCACGAUUGAACAGAAUGUCACAAGCAAAUUAGUUGUGGCAGAAGUUCCGACCCAAAUUUCCCAAAAACUUAAAACCCAAAUAGUUAAUCGAAAUAAUAUCGAACGAAAUGGAAUCAACCCAUUUGCUCAGAAGCCUGUGGAGAAUUACAUGCUCAUCACUGAAGAUAAUUUGCAGGACUACACUGCAGUCCCUGUGCCUAAAAACAUGCUCAAAGGCACCAUUCAAGCAUGCGACAACAUGCUCUGCUGCAACCUGACGUUUGAAAUUUUGAACAAAGAUGUUUUCAACUUCCACUACCAACUGCUGGCGUUUGACGGUAUUCGAACCCACUUGGUGGGCAGAUAUGAAACGGAAAUGCAAGUUUGUGCACUUGUUGCCUGCGCCGAUGACACCAAACUCAGUUGCUCGAACCCUUUUACAGCGAGUUCUUAUUCGGAACUCACCGAAUUCGGGCACAUCAAAAUAGAGGCUGAGUUUAAAUCUACUCUGCUGUGGCCUAAUACUGUGGACGCAGAUACUAUGUUGCCAUUGAGCAGAUCUGCUUACGAUUUCCAAGUAGACAACACCACCAACUUGGCAGUGUUGGAGAGAUCGGAGCCGAUUACAAAUGUCCACACAUUUGCAAUUUAUUCCCACGAUUAUAUUAAAUAAGGCAAUAAUUCAGUUCCUAUAUUAUGUGAUACCCAUUUAAUGAGAUUUUAACUAACAACGCAGCUAAUUAUCAAAAUAUUUGCACUUACAAUUUACAAUGUCUGUGAUUUACACACGCUCAGUUAAUCGUACCGUUUCUUCUCGUCCGUUGAUGUUCGAGAGGAAAUUUUUGGUCGGCCAGCUUUGUUUUUGUUUGAAUUGGUCGACAAGCUGGAAGACUGUUUGUCCUUCACUUUGUUUGCCAAAAAUGGGUGCACUUCUGUAACGAAACAAAAGCUCAAUUUACUUUUUUCAACAAUAAAAUUAUAUAUUAUACCUUCCACUGGUGCAUUUUCAAGUUUGAUGUCAAACGAGUUGAACUUUGGUUUCUUGGGCUGCGUAUUUUCUUUACUCUCAGAAUCAGCUGGCCUCUUUCCUAAAGAGAAGAAUUAUUUAGUCCAUGAAUAAACUUUGUUUUUGAUAAA